CAACACAAACAGAAAUUUCACAGAAUUUUGCGGAAGCAGACCGCCAUGACAGCUCGGAAAAGAGCUUCAGCGACUGCGACAACAACAGCGGCCGCUGCAGACUUGAGGCCAGCUCAAGCAGACCAUAAAUCCCCCGAAAGCACCUCUUCUGAUCCGUCGAUCGCGCCGCCAAAAUGGGGAGUAAUCGGGAAGCUUUCUCUUUUAUUCUCAAUCCCAUACUUUUACCUCCUCUUCUACCAUUACAAGAUCCAACAAGAGUUGAAGAGAUCGAUCCUUAUCAAUGCUGGACUCAGUCUUGCCGGCUUCUUUGUUACUCUAAAGAUGAUACCCGCGGCUUCUAGAUAUGUUCUGAGGCACAGCUUGUUUGGGUACGAUAUCUACAAGAAGGGUACCCCUCAAGGAACUGUUAAAGUAUGAGUCCAAUUUCUUUUCAUCCUUUGUUUCAUAUAGGUUUUGUAGGUUUUUAUUCAUUUGGGGAACUGGGUGUAUGUUAGUUUGCAAUUCCAUUUCGAUUAAUAAACUGUGUAUGGGUUUUGAUUCCAAUUCAUGAAAUGGGUUCUUGUUUAGGAUUCAUUUUCUCAUCAAAUUCGUUGGCUUUUAAAGAGUCAUUAGUCCUACUAUGCUCAUUAGUGCUAACUAUGCAUUCCUUGGAUUCUCAGUCGCCGCCUGCAUUGUUCAAUCAAAGAAAUGUCUCAGC